GUGUACAACAACAGCAACAUAUAAUAGAAAGUAAGCAAAAUGGCGAGCUGGCUUGGAGAAAGUAAACCAUCUUCGCCAACUGGCAAGAAGCCACUGAAAGGGAAAAUAGUUUUGUUUUAUGAGUCAAUCUUCAAGGGUGAUGAUGUCACAAAGAAUAAUCCUGAUUUCUGGCAUGAAAUAUUUCUUUUGAAGGUUAAUGCAGAAAGCUUAAUGGAAUUGAUUGAGGCUCUCAGUGUGGAGGAGUUAAGUUUGGUAAAGGAAAAUAUCAACCUGUUAUUUUGCCAUUGCUGUAGAACCUUGAGACAGGACCACCAAAUUAAAGUUAUUAAUGCUCUCCAGACUCUGUGCAUUGUAAUAAGAAGCAUCUACAAGAAAAAUUUCUCUGAUUUUGGUUUUGAAGUUUUGAAUAUAUUAAUUGGCUUUGAUGAUGCUGAAGCUCAGCUUCAGAGGUUAAUUGAAUUGCUGAAUUCAUUUCUUUUGGGUGAUUAUUCUGUAAGCCUAAGAAAUCUGACACUGAAGCUCUUGCUGAUUAUGGUAACGGCUGUUGAUAAUGUUAGCCAGAAUACACUGCUGGAAUUUCUUAUGAUGAACAGUGUUUUUGAAACCAUAACCCAGAUUCUAGCAAAUCCUAGUUUGAGAGCGGACCAUGGUUACGAGGCUGCUUUGUUGUUGACACUGUUGGUGCAGUACAGAAAGCAUGAGGGGAGCAACCCGUAUGUAGUGAAAUUGUCGAUUUUGGAUGAUGAAAUGGCGUUAAAUGGGCUUGGCCAUGUCAUCAAAGAAAGUGUGUCAAACUUUAACCGAAAAUUCGCUGCCAAAAAGGCCAACGAAGAACCGCCUUCAAGCGGAUUUUUUCAAAAGAUUUCAAAUUUGGUCGGUAGCAUGUUUAUUGGACCAGAUGGACACAAUAUUUCGUCUAGCUCAAGUAAUGAUGCAAUCGUCUUGGCCAUGUAUGAAGCAAAUCAUCUCAACAGAAACUUCUUCAAUGUGCUUAGUCAUGUUAUGGCCAUUGACAAUGCUACUGGUGAAUGCGGAGACAGAUCCACUCAUCCUGUCGUCGAAAGAGUUGCAGUUGUCGGCAGUGACAUCGGUGCAGAUGUUGGACAAACAGAUCGCUCUGAAGCGAACAAUCUUCUUGCAGCCUUCCUCACUUUCACGUCAAUUGCAAUUCGAGAUACUCGAACUGAUCAUGGGGCUACAACAGCGAAAUUGUGUUUCCUUGUACUGAAUUGCAUAGUUGAGGAUCAGUGUUCGAGUGCUUUUGUGCACGACACAAACAUGCCAUUCAAAGUGCCGCUUUUUAAGAAGAUGCUGUACCAUCGUAAGAGUUCUGCUGACGCAGCAUCAUCAAAGCCAUUAGCCAUUGUUCUACUGGACUUGAUGGUUGAAUUUAUCAUCACUCACAUGAUGAGAAGUUUCCCUUUCGAUCUUUACAAAUACUGCGUGUGUAUCGUUCAUCGCCUACUUUGCUACCAAAAGCGAUGCCGGAUCAGACUUGAGUUUCAAUGGAAAGAGCUGUGGUCAGCCCUGAUGAAUCUACUGAAAUUCAUACUUUCGAACGAGUCAACUCUGUCAUCAACAUGUAACAUAUUUGACUUGGCACUACGGAUCGUCAACAUUUUCAAUGUUUUCGUCACCUAUGGUGACACUUUCCUAGCCACGCCUACGUCUUAUGAUGAUUUGUACUAUGAAAUUAUCAGAGUGCACCAAAUUUUCGACAAUCUUUAUCUUCUCGCGUUAAGGCAUUCAUCUGGUGACAGCGAAUGGAAAUCGUCUGCUUCUAGACUAGCCAGUUCUCUGGUCAAUUUAAAAGCUAUCAUACACCACUUUACUCCGAAAAUCGACUCGUGGGCAAAUGCACACCAUUCCUCGUCAUUAACAGAAGAUCAAGUCUUAGGUGUUAUCAGAAGCAAUUAUGAUACAUUAACGCUGAAACUUAUAGAAAAUCUCGAGUCAUACAAAAAAUAUACUGAAACGCCAAAAGAGACUGCAUUCUUCACACAACUGACGAGGUCCAUCACCUGUCGAAUACGGGACAGCAUAGCAAUUCACGACCUACAGCAAAUGAGCGUCCUUAAGGAAUUUUCUACCAUAUCAUAGCCGAAGAAUUUGAAUCAAACCUGAAUGACAGCGCUUCUGGAUUAUUGUUUAUAGUCGACUUGGCUGAAAGUGGACGACCAAGCUGGUAUGUUCAAUAACAAAUUGUAAAUAUUGGUAGCAUGUGUUUGCUGUCUUCGUACAGUGCUUAAACUAUCUUUCCAAAUUAUAUCUUUAAUGGUAUCAUAUCAGAACGGCAUUAUUGAGCCUGUAUCGAAAAAUACUACUUCCGCAAUUGUGGCAACAGUUUUCUAAAGCGCUCUGCGUUUUUCUUUAUCGUAUGUAACGGAUUUAUAAAUAAAGAGAAUAGGCGUAGGUACGUAUUUGUUGAUAGAAUGCAAAGUUUUGAUUUGCUUAUAGUUCAGUUGAUAUGGUUAUAAUCCAGGGAGGCAUCGGCUUGUUUAACAAUCUCAGACAAUCUAAAAAUUAUUUAUCGGUUUAUUUCUAUCUGUUGUAUGGGUGUAGAGUCUUGUGACAAUCUGUUUGUAUUCAUUGUGACAUUUACGUUGGCUGUUGCGAAUAAUAAGUAAAUCAAUGUACUUUAUGUUAAUGUUAUGAUAUUUCUAUUGAUAUCUCUAAUUUGUAAGUUUAUGUUGAAGCAAAAAAGUCCAAUUUGUCCAAUGGCUAGAA